GCCGCGGCAGGCCUCGAUGGGGAAGAAGUCGCGGGCGGCACCGGCGGGGCGGCGGCCUAUCCUGCAGCUGUCGCCGCCGGGCCCUCGCGGAGGCCGGGAGGAAGCGGCGCCGGGCGAUGGAGAUUCGGCCUCGGAAGCCGAUGAAUUUGAGGCAACAGAAGAGGCUCAAAGAACAGCUCCAAACCCAGCCCACAGUAGCAUGCCUGUUGGGCCUGUGGCUGUCAAACCAACAGGUGGCUUAUGUUUGCUUGGUGCUUAUGCAGACAGUGAUGAAGAAGACAGUGAGAUGUCUGUAAAACCACAGUCUACAGGUGCAAAUAGCAAUAAUUCAACGGACAUUGACAGCACCCUGGCAAACUUCCUGGCGGAAAUAGAUGCAAUAACAGCUCCUUCCCAACCUUCUGAGACUGUCACUUCUUCUGCUGCUCCACCUCCAACCCCUCCUCGCCCAGAGCCCAAGGAAUCUGUCACCAGUCAGAUUUUAUCUACCACAAAUGGAACGGAUCAAGCAACGGAGUGGCAGUAUGACACUCAGUGCUCGCUGGUGGGAGUGGGAGUUGAGAUGGGUGACUGGCAGGAAGUUUGGGAUGAAAACACAGGCUGCUAUUAUUACUGGAAUACUCAAACCAAUGAGGUUACUUGGGAACUCCCUCAGGACCUGGCAACACAAGUUCAAGGUCUUCAGCAUUACCAGCAUGGUUCUGUAACAGAGGCUGAUGAAAACUAUCUGAUGGCUACAGACUUAAGCUCCCAAGGAAGAAAUGGUGGUGGUGUUGGCAGUGCUGGACACAAGACAGCAGCUUUGAAGCGUGAGCUGAAGAAGGAAGUGAAUGAAGGUAUCCAAGCCCUUUCAAGCUGCGAAGAAGAGAAAAAGGGAGUGGCUGCGUCACUGCUGGCUCCAUUACUUCCUGAGGUGGUGAAGGAGGAAGAAGAGCGCUGGAGGAGGAAGGUUAUCUGUAAAGAAGAGCUGGAGCCCUUGAUAGAAGAGGAUGUGACGGCAGAGCAAGCAGCAGUUGCUGAGCAUCUAGAAAGCAGCAGAGACCUUGGGGAUGACCCUUCUCAGGAAGACUUGUGCAGUGUGGUACAAUCAGAGGAAAGUGCAGAGGAGGAAGAAGAGCAGGAUACUCUUGAGCUGGAGAUGGUCUUGGAGAGGAAGAAGGCAGAACUGCGAGCUUUGGAAGAAGGAGAUGGCAGUAUUUCAAGCUCAAGUCCCCUUUCUGAGGGAAGUCAGUCAGAUCUAGCACGGCGGUUACUACCAAAGCCAGGGAAAUGGAAGCUAUUUGGGGUUGCCAGUCCAGAAUCUACUAGCCGAGGGUCAAGCAAGACGGGACAGGAGAGUCCCGAACCUGGGGAAACAGGCAAGUGAAAGGAAGUGUCAGAAGUUGCUGAUGAGAACUCAGGCAAUGAGCUGGACGCAGAAGAAUUGCAAGAAAAAGUGAAAACACAAGGGUCUGUCAAGGUGGAAGAUGAGGAGCAGGAUUUAAGGUUUCAGAUUGGAGAGCUGGCCAACAUGUUGAUAAGCAAGCUUGAGUUCUUGGGCAUCAGUAGACAAUCCAUCUCUAACUUCCACAUGCUACUGUUGCAGACUGAGACUCGUAUUGCAGAUUGGCGGGAAGGAGCUCUCCAAGGAAACUACCUCAAACGCAAAUUGCAAGAUGCAGCUGAACAGCUAAAACAGUAUGAAAUAAACGCCGCCCCUAAAGGCUGGUCCUGCCACUGGGACAGGGAUCAUAGGCGCUAUUUCUAUGUUAACGAGCAAACAGGCGAAUCCCAGUGGGAGUUCCCAGAUGGGGAAGAGGAAGAGGAGGGGCAAAACCUUGAGAAUAAAGCAGAAGCUCUUUCUAAACCAGGACUGAAGGAGAAAAUUGAGUCUGGUGUGGAAUCUGCUGAUCACACAACAGGUUCUCUUGGUAAAGAGUCUGGUCAAGCAUCAGCUGCCUCUCUUGUGCCUCUUAGUCCAUUCUGGACUGUGCUUCAGCCCUCUGUCCCUGUACUUCAACCUCCUUUACCCUUGGAAAUGCCACCUCCACCGCCCCCACCACCAGAGUCGCCACCUCCUCCACCACCACCCCCACCUGGAGAAGAUGGGGAAAUACAAGAAGUAGAAAUGGAGGAUGAGGGAGAUGAGGAGCCGCCAGCACCAGGAACAGAGGAAGAUGCUGUUCUUAAGCCUCUUCUCCGACCAACAGUUGCCAACAGUCAGAACAACUCUGAGACCAGUAUAGCCACACCUCUGUUGGAGAAAUCUCUAAAAAGGAAAGCCUCUGAAGUGAGUGCAGGGUUGGUGCAGCGAGCAGCAACUAUUGGAAGCUGUCCAGUGCUCUAUGGCCAGUCUGUCUUGGGCGCAGGUGAAUGUCCUUAAUCAGAUUCUGCUUUGGUGCUUGAUAUCUCUGGCAAAGAAUUCUAGCAAUGUUUCCAUCUUUCUCUUUAUACAGGCCCUCAAACACCGGGGGUGAGCUUGCAGCAGAGUUACCUUGGAGUAACACAGCCAACACUCAUGAGCUAUUCAGAGUGUAGUGUCUCUGUUGGACUUCCAGCCAGCACCACACAGCUGGUUCCUUCUCGAGGGGUCCCACAUGCCACCAGUACUACAGAACAGCUACCGCCGCCGCCACCGCCGCCUCCUCCUCCUCCUCUCUCACCACCUCCACACAUUUCCAAAACACUUCCUCCAGAAAAGUCAAAAAAACUCAGGAGAGGUGGCAAGAGAAAAAAGACCAAAACAAAGAUGCCAUCUUUAGUAAAGAAGUGGCAGAGCAUUCAACGGGAGUUAGAUGAGGAGGAGAACUCUAGUUCCAGUGAUGAUGAUCGGGAGGUGAUGUCACAAAAGCGAAUUGAGGAAUGGAAACAGCAACAGUUAAUCAGUGGCAUGGCGGAGAGAAAUGCUAAUUUUGAGGCACUGCCUGAGGACUGGCGAGCUCGGCUCAAGAGGAGGAAAGUCACUUCAAGCACAUGAGUCAUCUUUCUCCAUUUUUUAAAACCACACAUGUACAGUUCAUAUCAAAAUGUUUUACUGUUGUAAGAUAAACUGUACCUUUUAGAAGAGACAUGCAUUUCGGUUGAAGGACCUGACAGAGAUCACAUCGACUUGGAAAUACUUUUUGAGGUGUUUAUGGCAAGCAGGCAUCUGAAAUAAUGUGUAUGCUUGAGCACUCCUGUCUUAAGAGGCUCCUACAAAUCCUACUUCAAGCAAAGCUGAAAUACUGUUCUGUCCAGUUCCCUAGUAGAACUGGUACUAUGAACUGAUUCAUGCACUCUAUUGAGUUGGAACUGGAUUCAGUUAUUUCCACUCUUCCUUGUUAAGCAAAAAGUGUUUCAUCUAACCUCUGUUCGCAAAAUGUCCAGCUGUAAUUGCCAUUUGUAAUGUCUGUAGCUUGUUGUUACAGAAUGGGCAAAUGAAGGAUACAUAUUCUUUUUAAAUAGCUCCAGAACAUGUUCAGUUCCUGAUUUUUGCCAGCGCCUUGGUUUUGGGCAACGUUGUUCUUUUUUGGUGAUUGUUGACUCGGACUCUUGUUCCUGUCAUUAUCUGUAUCAGUCUUUUUUUUUUCUUCCCCGAGCAUUUCCACUUGUAACAUUAUAACAGAAUAAUUUUCUCUUUAUAGGUUUGGUGCUGUAACAUGCUAAUAGUUCCACUGAUGUAGUUGCAGCCUAGUGGCCAGUCAAGCAGGCAGGAUUCAGUAUGAAUCCUACCACUCCCAAGUUCAAAUUGAAGGGGAGAAUGUCCUUCUGCCUUUUCUGGUGAGCAUGGCGAGGCAGUGGCAUGGGUGACUGGCUCAGCGUCUGUAAGUGUGCAGUUGCUGACUUGCCCACUGUACUGGAUGCUGGCCAGUCAGCAGUCAUGCCAUCUACACAGUGUUUGCCCUGGCUGUCUUGUCUUGCCCACCAGUAAAGGUGGCACCCUGUCCCUUCUGGUUACUCUUCUGACAUUCUAACCAAUCUCACAAACCAUUCUUUAGAAGCUACUACUAGUGAAAAGGAAAAUAAACUAGUCUAAGCCCAGUUUUCUCCCCAUCUCCCCUGCUCCCUGUCACGUUCCAACAAAAGUAGGGUCUUUUCCCAUUGAAAGCCAAGCUGAAUAUUUAUCCAACCUGUGUAUGUCUUUAGUUCCUUCCCUUGUUUCAUUUUUUUAAAAAAAAUCCAAAUCAGGUGGUAAUGAUUUCCUGUAAACUGAAAGAAAAGGUAGUUUAUUGCUGAAUGCUGUUUGUAUUUCUCUGAUUUCUGGCUUUGUAAAUUUGUACAUACACAUUAAUAAAAAAUUUUGAUACUA